GAUAGAGCUGUGCUGAAUUAAUGAAUCAAUGAUUCACAACAGGAACACUAACCCUCGAGUUUGUAAACGUUCUAAUCGCUCACAGAAACAUGCACACGCUUUGCUUCUCAGAAAAAAAAAGUUCUGCCUGCCAGUUCGUUGCUCUUCGGAUAUCAACAAACCCUCGUGCGGCUCAUUCGGUUGUACGACGUCGAGGAGGCAGGACCGCUUUCGACGUCGGUUUGUGAAUAUCCAAGCAAGUGCUCUGCCACCAGAACAUAAGAAGAGGACAUUAUCAGAGCUCUACAGACACAUAAACACACGGCGAGAGCGUUUUGUAAAGAGAGCAAUAAAAAUUGUGCAAAACUUUCUUCUGCAAACCAAUUGUUGAAAAUGUGAGCAAAGAACCGUGUGGUGAUAAAUGUGUCCGCUGAUGAAGAGGACACAUCCUUUUCGGCGUUAGAACGAUUGUCUGGCCUUUACGUAAGAGGAACUUCUGGAAGCGUAUUCGCUUCUGAUCGCAGGAAGGACGGAACGCGGGGCGAAAGAAUUCGCUACCGCCAGACGUGAGACACGGGACCAUGGCAGAAGAUUUAUCGAUCAAUAAAAAUAAGAUCUGUUCUUCACGUUACAAUAAUAACGACAUCUGUCGGUUGUGCUUGAAGAAUGAGGCCCAUAUGGAGCCGCUGUUUUACUCGAAUCUAUUUCCGAACAUUCUGCUCACCAAAAAGAUUUACGACUGCACAUCGAUACAGAUUAUUUAUGAGCGCAACCUGCCAAUGUUCGUUUGCAAACUUUGCGCCAGCAAGCUGGAUGAGUACAUUCGAUUCCGAGAGCGCUGUGUUGCGAACGACGAAUUUCUACGUAAUGCCUUGGCAUUUUUCGACGCAGGCCAAAACAGUAUUAAAACGGAGCUGGAUGAGAUUAAACAGGAACAGGUAUCGAUUUCGAUUCCGAUUUCCCAACAUGCUAUAGCGGUUCCAAUAGACUUUCGUCAGUUGAAGAAAGUCCAGGAACCUGAUGCAUACGAACAGGCUACAGAAGACGAUCUCCAGACUCAUCGUAUCCCUUGUGGGGAUUGCGAUUUUAUUGCAGUGGACGACAAUGCUCUCAUGGAGCACAAAAAACAACAUGAAGAUAAAACGUAUGCGUGUACAAUAUGUUCUAAAACGUUCAAAAUACGUCAACAUUUGCUGAUUCAUAGUCACACGCAUGUAGAACUGCAUCAAGAACAACUGGAACAGACAGGAGAUUCUAAACCGACGUACAGCUGUACGAAGUGUUCCAAAGUGUUUAUCAAUCGAGGCAAUUUGCUGAACCAUGCUGCCGAGUGCCAUGGUAACAUGAAGAACUUCUCGUGCGAAAUCUGUUCGAAAUCAUUCAAGUACAAUGUUCAGCUGAGAAUUCAUAUGCGAACACACUCCGGUGAAAGACCGCACACUUGCGAGAUUUGCCAUCGAGGAUUCUCCCAGCUAUCGAAUCUACGAUCCCACCGAAAGGUUCAUUCUAAAGUUAAACCUUACAAAUGUCAGCUGUGUCUGAAGAGUUUCACGAUGCUGGAUAGCUUAACGGCACAUAGUCUGAAGUGUGUUAAAGACAAAUAUCGAUGCACGCUGUGUGCAAAAUCGUUUGCCAAAGAAGGAAACUUGAUUUCCCACCUGCAGUGCCAUAGCGAAGGAGUAGUGGAGAAAAAUUUCAAAUGCGAAAUGUGCCCCAAAAGUUUCCGCAACAAGGAAGAUUGGAAGCGACAUGUUCGGGUACAUACAGGUGAAAAGCCAUACGUCUGUGACCUAUGCCAGAAGGGAUUUGCACAAAAAGCAAACCUCCUUUCCCAUCGGAAAACGCAUCUCAAACCAGACGUUGUGUACAAAUGCGAACGAUGUGACAAAAUAUGCCGCACGCAAAAGUUACUGGAAAUGCAUGUACAAAAGUGCGGUCUCGUCGAAUCGCCACCCUCUUCGGUGGUGGCGGUUCAAGUGCCGACACCGACGCCACCAUCGCCGAUGGUAACGCCCCCACCGGCCCCCUUAACGCCAACCAUGGAAGUGCUGUCCGACCUGCUGCGAUACGAGAUAGCCAUGCGGACGCCGACCAAACUGCAGGAGAUGCUGAUAGCAGCUAUGGAGAAAAAGAAAGCCUUCGCUGUUGCCACAUCGAUUGAAAGCGAAGCCUAUAAGGCGGCAGCAGGGCCGCUAGCACCGGUUGGUUCAACGGCGGCAGCAGGCCGUCAUUAUCGAUGCGAAGUGUGCUUUAAAGUGUACUCACAAUAUCCAAGCCUGGUAAAGCACAGGAAAGUGCAUCUCAAGUCACCAAGGGGUAGAUCGAAGUCCACCGAAGGGGAUGAUCGGCCGUACUACUGUGAUAUCUGUGGGAAAAAUUUCAAAUUCAAUCGAAAUUUGAAGGUUCACAUGAAGUUACAUACCAAAGCCAACGGAUUCUUCAAGUGUGAUAAGUGCAGCAGUACAUUCAUGGCAGCCGAUCAACUGAAAAGCCACCUGCUUGAGCAUCCGAUCGAUGUGGAAAAGAUCUUCAACUGUGAAUUCUGCUCCAAUACAUUCAAGUCGAAUGAGGAUCUCAAACGACAUCGUCGAUCCCACACCGGAGAGCGCCCAUUCAAAUGUGACACCUGCCCGAAGGCAUUUACCCAGCUGUCGAACCUGCGAGCCCACACCAAGAUACACGAGAAAAAACGCUCCGCCUUUGGAUGUAACAUUUGCCUGCUCGAGCUCGACUCGAUGGAGGCGCUGAAUAUGCACCUGAAAACGCACCAGUUCCAGCUGCUUGAGCUGUGCAAAGAAAUGAAACAUUAGAGUCUGUACUAGUUGUUGGCCAUAUACCCUCACGUAGGAACCUGUGUUAUACCCCGUAUUAGCCGUACUAUGCAUUAUACAUUAUAUACACUGGUGUUAAGAAAAUUGAAACAUGUACCAAUUGUGAUUGUGUUAGCGAAAUAAAUGUUGUUGAAUGUAUGUAGUAUACGUCGGAAUCCAUAGGAAAAAAACGAAUGUGUUUCCAUUUAAUAGGUAAUAACAAAACUUUAUUUUCGAAACUCAGAUUAAAUACAUGAUUUUCUAUACACAUAAGGGCACAUGGCUCAGUAUUUCCGCGGGGCUCUGUAUGUACAGCGUCUCUUUCGAUUACUUAUUUGGUUGCGGUAUGCGCCAACAGAAUACGCGGUUCAUCUGUCACUUUCGAAUCCGACAUAGCUACAAAGCAGGACUAGAGAAAUUAAGAAUUCGAAUCACUUGGCCAGUAAUCCUAUAUCCAACAUAUAUCACAAUAUAAACAGUUC